AUACCCGCGAAGCGAAGCCUGCGGAUUAUGCUGCACACACAAACAGAUGUAAACAUGUAAAUGGACAUUGAAUUGGAUACUGGACACUACGUUGGUUGAGUUUGAGUUAUCUUUGGGUCGGUAGGCCAAGGUACCAAAUGCACCAUGGCUGGACGUGUAGACAAAGUUACAACGUUCAAACUUUUCGUAAAAAACCUGGGUUAUGGAACAACGCAGGAAGAGCUGAAAACUGUGUUUGAAACUUGUGGACGAGUAGUGGAAUGCCAGAUUUUUAAGAACACGUUGGCCUUUGUUCACAUGGAAGAUGAAAUCAGUGGUAGGAAUGCUAUUCUGAUGCUGAAUUCAAAGCUAAUCAAUGGUAAAUGUAUGGCUGUGGAGGAGUCGCUACACAAGGAAGGCCCUAGUGUGGCGUCAACCCGUCUCAGAGUUCGAAAUGUACCCACUGCUUUAUCGGCCAAUGCUUUGAGAGAUCUAUUCAGAAAGUAUGGCGCCAUACUAGCCGUGGAGAUUACAGAUAAUGAAGCAAUAGUGACAAUCGAAGCCAUUAGUGAUAUGCGAGCAGCUAUAAAUGAUUUAAAUGGGUAUGCAUGGGAUGGUCAGCAAAUAACUGUGGAGCCAAUCUUGAACACGGCUAUAAGUUACAGCCCAAAGAAAAAAAUGCCUUGGUAUGACGCCUAUCCACAGAAGUACAGCGGUCCUCCAAGAAAUGACAUGCGUAACGGUCCACCACGACCCAUGUUCUCGGGGAGAGGAUUUUAUCCACCACCCUCACGAGGGGCUAAUUUUUAUAAUCCAGAAGGACGAGUUUUACGAGACCCCGUUGGAGCUGGAUUUCCUCCACCGCCACCAAUUGUUUAUGGAGUUGAUCCACCACCGCGUCCUGAUGUUCCAGCAGCGAUGGGACGUGGCAAUAAUCAUUAUUCGAAUGUUACUAUUGAACCAUUGUUCUUCAAAAGACACGAGUUUAAUAACAAACAGCAGCAGCAACAACCAAAUCAAGACAUCUCAUCAUCAUUUGAUGAAGAUGUAUCACUCGACAAUUUAGAUAAUGCCGGUAUUUCAUUUGAGUCGCCUCAAAAAUCUAAUUCUAUACCAUCAUCGAAUUCGUCUGGUGAACAGCAGCUGUUGACUGAUCAUCAACGACAAAGAAUCCCAAUGAAACGUCAUGCGGUCGAGUCAUUUACACCUGAAGCAGGAGAACAGUUCCCAGUGCCUGGUAUGAUUGCUCCUGGGACAUUUAAACCUCCCAAAAAGUAUUAUUGCAAUCUUCCAAAUCGCCCUAAAAAGAAGAAGAAUAAGUCUCAGCCAAAACCUCAGCUUCCAGUCCCAGAGGAUAUUUAUUUCCAGCGACCAGUUCCUGAUUUCUCGAGCUAUUAUACAGAUCCAAGUACUCCAGUUUCCUUACGGCCAUUUCCUCCUCCGUCGAAUCCAGAAUAUGAUUAUACCGAUGACAUUGAUGUCUAAGGGCGAUGAUCUGAUACUAAACGCGGUAAACAUUUCGACAAAGCAGACAUUACAUCAACUAUUAGUGAUAUAUUUAAUUUGUAUUGUAAUGAGACAAAUUGAAUAAUGUUAUUUACUGUAAACAAGACUGAUUAAAACACUAGUAAUUUUCAUAUAAA